AUGUUUGCCCGAGCCAAUAACUCGGUGCAUGUCUGCUUGAGAUGCCAGAAGCGUCUGCUCAAUAACAUCCCCGUCAAAUCAUCCUCACAACUCAAAACCCAAUCUCCCUUACGACGAUGGCAAUCCAACGCAGUGGCCAAAUUCGAGGAGGAAGACGAAGACGAAGUUGACCAUAAAAGUGCUUCUGACAAACCACCUCGAAUCACUUGGGAAUCUUAUCCCGCCAAAGACAAAUCGCGCCUAUCGAAAUGGCGCCCUGCUGCUUCAAUCGGAGUUAACUCUUUCGGCAAGCCUGCAGAAGUUUUAAUCCUCAAAGCCCACGAUCGCAAAGUCCUAAAGGCAGUCUAUGACACGCCAGAUGAAGAUGGGCCCGCGACUACUUUACAAGAGUCCCUCGACUCCGAACAAGCGCCGCUUGAUCAUACCAGCCUCCAUCGGGCCAUUGGCGAUGUUUACCACAAGUUCGUUGGAAAUAGGGACAAUCCCGAAGCAGACCUCACUCUGCAAGAAUAUGACUCCAUAAAGAAACAUCUCACAGACUCAUUUACCCCUACACAAAUGCUGCAUUAUCUCCAUGCGCAUACUUCGAGUAAAGAACCAUUCCAAAAGACAGGAAAACACGGUUACACUAGAUCAACACUCAUGCAGAGCAUCCUCACUACUGUUUGGAACCUCAACCUGCCCCUUGACGCGCUUGAGGCAAGAAAGCGUGCGAACCGUAAACAGUCAUCGUUAUCAUACAUUGUCCGGGAUGAGGCGGAACUUGACCACCUCUUGACCGCCCACAGGCAGCCGUUGAAGGAAAUUGCUAAAAAGAACCAUGUCAACAUUGAAGUCUUUCGCCGACAACGCAGGCUCAAGGUCACAGGUGUGAAUCACGAAGCUCAAUUGGGAGUGCAAGCUAUCGCCAAGUACGUUAAACAGAAGUUGGAAUCAAUCGUCGUUCCAUUCUAUCCAGAGUAUUCGGUUUAUGCAGACCCCUCAGAACGUGAUGCCGUCAGGGCAUUUCUGCAACGUGUACAGGAGAAAUAUCAAGUUCACAUAGCCUUACGGAAGAACGACGUCAAAAUCGUCUACUACAACAUGCAAUCUGCGGUCCGGGCCAAGCAAGCAGCUCGUGAGAUCAGUAUUGUCGGUGACUCAAGGCCGGAGUCGUAUGAGAUCCAUGUUCUCCAGUCGCACGGCACAGAUCAAGUGGCACUUGAACGGUUUCCUACUCCACCAGAGUUCGCUAGGGGAAUUUUAAAUCGGCCAUGGCAUCGACUGUUGGUCACUGAUACUCCCGAUGUACCGCCGAGGUGUACAACGGUAGACACUGAUCAAAAUUCCGAUAGCACCACGAUUCUGCAGAGGCUAAAACUUUUCUUGGAUUGUGGCGACAACCUUCCACUACCAACCAAACGACGCGAUCUUCGAUUUCAUGUGACAGCACAUUUUGGACAAGCAUUAUUCCGAUCUAGGCCGGCGCCGGCGCCACGGGUGACGACGAACAAUUCCUCAAUACUGGUCGAAGAUUUGGCAAGUGAGUCUUUGGGCGAAAUCGCGGAUAUUACAGAUCAACCAUGGGAUCUUUCUAUUCACGACGGAAUAGCGGUAGGUGACUUUCAGGAGCCAGACAGUAAGACACUAUCUGAGAUCUUGAAAUUCGAUUCUGGAGAGCCUAUUGAUCAAGACGACUCACAAAUACUUGAUGAUCAUUUGUCGGGCGAAAGCCAUGUACCACCACACUCUUCAUCAAGCAUCGAUGUUGGAAAGGGAGCACAAAAUAUGAAACCUACCACUACAUCGAAUAUGUUGGCGGACCCGACUUUUUCUUGUGACGUACCCUAUGCUCUACAGCAGCUUGCGAGACUUAGCCCCUGGAAGAGUCCUAUCAAUGGCGCACAGCCAGAUAUCACUGCUGCUCCUACUCAGACCAUUUAUCGCCUGGAGUUCAUCUGCUCAUCUAACCCUAGUAAUCGCAGAAAACUCCCAGUGUUUGAGUUGUACGUUAGUUCGACUGCAAGAAGUCACAAAUCGGAAAGAGAAAGACCUUCGCUAAAGGUGUUGAGAGUCUCAGCAAUUCACGAUCAGCGCUCAUUCUAUGCACUGUGUCCAAGACGCCAUGUGGAUAUCAAGUUUAAACAGCAGCUGAAGCAUGAUUUGACCUAUCCAAACAAUGAUAUGCCACAUCUUUUCAAGAAGAUUCGCGCCGCAUUUGAUAGCUAUUUAGCAAAUUCAAAGCAUUCAGAGCAAAAAGAAUGGUCUUUCGGGCCAUAUCUUGAGAUUGCUGUUGAUUCAAGCAUGCGAAAUGUCGCAAAGCGUUGCCUAUCAUCAGUGGCUCCCGACCAAGCGAACACCCUUGAACGAGAGAUGUCGGUCUCUGGAUCAAAUCUUGAGACUACAGAGAACAACAAGGGCAACAAACUUGAAUAUUGUCUUCGACGAGCUGAAGUUGUAGAAAUGGACUCUUACAGCAUGCCAGUCCCAUCCGCUUAUAAGGAACUCAAGAGGAAUACUCUGUGUCUUGAAAACAUAACAUUCAGUGGCGCUGAGCAAACCAGGCAAGAACUCUUACUUUCGGAUCACUCAUUGUUUUCCACACCAAACCUCAAGAAUCAAGAUCUCACGACUCUGGUGAACGGGGCAUUAGGGCUGGCAGAAUAUCUGGGGAACAACUCGUCCGAACAUCUUGAAACUAAGGUUGGGUCCUUUGUGUCAUCUCAGAGCAAUUGGAGCGACGAGCCACACACGGAAAGCUCGGUUGGGACCUCUGAUUCUAUUAAGGGCAAGAAGGAACAUCCUAAAAAACAUCACAAGAAGGCUAUUCCCUCUACAUUGCAAGCCACUGGCCAUGAUUCCACAAAAGAAAUAUCCUCCCCCAUCAAAGCGAAGUCCAAACCGAAGCCUAUUAAAAAUAAAGUUAAGAAGACCAAGUCCAAAUCUGAAGCUAUUUCCAAGCCAGAUGUUCGGGAACCUGGAAUCACGAUCGAUCCCGUGGUUGGAAAAGAGUCUUCAAAGAUCAAACCCAUGUCAGACCCAAAGCUCAAAUUCCAUUUUGAAAAGACUGAACCUGUCGCUGAUCGAACGGCUGAGCCCAACUCCAAAGCAGAGCCAAAGGAGAAACCAAAAGUCAGGAAACCUAAGCAGCACUGGAUCGGUAGAGGUUCUGUCAAAGCCAAGGCUGAAGGAGGCCGAGGUUACCUGUAA